GGUUAUGCCGCGUAACUUAUGCGUGUGUGUGCGGGGCACGUUAUGUGAAUCGCCACACAUGACCGUUGUAUUCAUUGCAGAUAGUUGGUGGGAAAAGAUCAUUUCUGCUAUUACGUGUCUUGUACCGCUCACAGCUUGUGACUNNNNACCCGGCGAGGGGGAGUUGACUGUUGAAUAUGUCGGGACACUCAAUGACCAAAUGGCAGGCUUCUACCGAUCUGG